AUGGCGGACAGGGUCUACCCUUCGGCGAAGCCUGCCACUGCAGUUUACGGCCGAGCUAGGCCAUCUUUUCCUGCCACAAAAGCCCAGCUCUACGGCGCCACUCGACCUGCCUACCGUCCUCAGCCCUACCUGUACCACCGUCAGAGCCACCGCAGACGCUGCUGCACCUUCUGCUUCUGGUUCCUCCUCGUCAUUCUCAUCCUCCUAUUCCUCACCGGCGUUGCUGGCAUCGUUCUCUACCUCCUUUAUCGACCUCACAGCCCUUCCUUCACCGUCGACUCCUUCAAACUCUCAUACCUCAACAUGACUUCCUCCUCUUCACUUAACUCCAGAUUCGAACUCAAUAUCACCGCUACAAACCCUAACAAGAAAAUCGCCUUCCAGUUCGAACGGAUCUCAAUUUCCGUAAUCUCUGGAGACGUCAGCGUCGGCGACGGGAGAAUGCCGUCAUUCGAGCACGGCAAGAAGAACACGACGCUCUUGAGGGCUUUGAUUACGAGCAAUGGUGCAGUACUGGACGGUGAAUCUGCUAGCCGACUGAAGGCUGAUUUGCAGAGAGAAAAUGGAUUGGACAUGAAGGUGAAUUUGUACACGAAGGUGAAGGCGAAGAUGGGAAGGUUGAAGACACCCAAGGUUGGACUACGGGUAUCUUGUGAAGGAAUCAGGGUUACGGUUCCGGCCGCCGCGAAGAAACAGGCAAUGGCGGCGACUUCUGGCGCCAAAUGCAAGGUUCACGUUAGGUUCAAGAUUUGGAAAUGGUGCAUCGGAUGA